AGAAACUUCCGGGUGAAAACAUGUCGACGAAAAAAACAAUCGUGUUAUUUGAUCAGCCGAGUUCUGCUAGUUCAGACAGUGGAAGUGGGGAUGGUGAUGAUGCAUUGGACACAGAUAGGUCAAGUCCAAGGGAACCAAAUGGUUACAUGACACCUCCUUUGUCUCCAUCAAGAAAGAUCCCUCCACGCAGUCCUCAAAGAACAACACCCAACAAGCGGAGGAGCCGAGCCACGAGCUCAGGAGGUCAUGAACAACAUGUUGUUCGAUCUGGUGCCAGAACAAUCUAUACAGCUGGGAGACCACCUUGGUAUGACUCAAGUGGUCAGCUUGGAAAUGCAUUUGUUAUUGGUCUUUGUGGUGGAAGUGCAUCUGGUAAAACAACUGUUGCCAGAAAAAUAAUUGAAGCUCUUGAUGUGCAGUGGGUCAGUUUACUUAGCAUGGAUUCUUUCUAUAAGGUGUUGACCCAAGAACAGCAUGAAGCAGCUGCCAGGAAUGAGUACAAUUUUGACCACCCAGAUGCCUUUGACUUUGACCUACUAGAAGCAACAUUACAACGAAUGAAGGAUGGGAAAAUUAUUGAAGUUCCUGUGUAUAAUUUCACCACACAUGCAAGAGAGAAAGAAAAGAAAACUAUUUAUGGUGCUAAUGUGGUGAUAUUUGAAGGAAUCAUGUCAUUUAAUACAGCUUCAUUGAGAGACAUGAUGGACAUGAAGAUUUUUGUAGAAACAGACUCUGACAUACGACUUGCUCGUCGUCUUAAGCGUGACAUCACAGAACGAGGUCGGGAAAUAGAAGGUGUCCUCAAGCAAUAUACACAGUUUGUGAAACCUGCCUUUGAACACUAUAUCGAGCCUACCAUGACUUAUGCAGACAUAAUAGUGCCAAGAGGUGGUGAAAAUGAAGUUGCCAUAAAUCUCAUAGUCCAACAUGUCCACACACAGUUACAGAAGAGAGGGCAUCAACUCAGAAAUAAACUUGCCGAGUCACAUAUAGGUCAACCUCCUCCAAACUCCUUGCAUGUACUAGAGUGCACCCCACAGAUACAGGGUUUACACACAUUUGUCAGAAACAGGGACACAUCUCGUGAUGAAUUUGUCUUCUACUCUCAAAGGCUGAUGAGGCUGCUUAUAGAAUAUGCCCUGUCGUUACUUCCUCAUAAACCAGUCACUGUUGACACUCCUCAAGGCAUCUCAUAUGAAGGGAAGAGACUAAAUUGUAAAAAGCUGUCUGGAGUGUCUAUCUUGAGGGCUGGGGAGACCAUGGAACCUGCUUUAACUGAGGUCAUCAAGGACAUCAGACUCGGAAAAAUUCUUAUUCAGACCAACUUUGAUACUGGAGAGCCAGAGUUGCACUAUUUGCGCUUGCCCAAGGAUAUCAAGGACCACCAUGUGAUGUUGAUGGAUGCGACAGUUGCCACGGGAGCAGCUGCUAUGAUGGCAAUUCGUGUUCUUUUAGACCAUGAUGUGCCUGAGGAAAAUAUUAUGCUGCUUUGUUUGCUGAUGGCGGAGUCAGGUGUGCAUUCUGUUGCCUAUGCAUUCCCCAAGGUGAAAAUUGUAACAACAAUGGUGGAUAGUGAAGUUAAUGAUUGCUACCAUAUACUACCAGGCAUUGGUAACUUUGGAGACCGAUUCUUUGGAACUGGCCUAGAGCUUGAUGACAUAGACAGUGGAGUGUUCACUAUAGACUGAACAAACAUAAACUUUCCUAGGAUAUUUAUUUAUCUGAAAUCCAAGCUUAAAAUGCAUCUUAAUCACACAUACAGGUGCAAAUAAGGAAGAUUUCUAUAGCUGUGUGAAAUCUUCUUUAUAUGGAUAGAGGUGCCUCAAUUUUCAAAUUAUUGAUCGGAACUUGGAUUAUGUCAGUAGUUUGGAGAAUGGAGAUUAAUGUCUUUAUCUGUGGUUUCCAUCCAUGGAGGCCUAUUCAAAGAUCUGACAAAGUCAACCUGAUGGAUUUAUAACAUUACAGAGGCAUACUAAUAAGAAAAUCUAUGAUAUUCUCAAAAUAGCUAUAAUUGUAUUUGCUCACUGACUUCUAAGUUAGACGCUUACUUAGCAGAUUGACGAGCAUACGGUAUAGUGUCGGAUAUGGCCGAUCCAAUAGUGACUUUUAUGACAAGAAGGCAACAUUAUGAGAGUUUAAAAUGCGGUUUAUUUUUAUGUAUAGUUCCUUUGCCAUAAAAAACAAAGAUGUUCUGUCUUGAAUCAUGCAUGUUCAAAAUGUAAUAAAACUGAGGAAUCUCAAAAAUUUCCAGAUUUUCCUUAUUCUUUAUGAUGGCAAAAAUCACAUCUUACUCUCUUUAGAGGAUGCUUAAUAGACUAUUGAUUAUGAGGAAGUUAUACCAAUGUUGAAGGAAUUCCUAAUUUGUCAAAGAUUUUAUUGGGUGGCUGCGGAUGUAAAGAUCAAUGCUCUGUAGAUUAUGGCAUACUUUGUAUGGAGAUGACAUGGCUCUCAUCAUGUUGAUUUGCAGGAUGUGGGCUAUAGUCUACUUUGUAUUGAAAAUGAAUUGACCAUACAAAAUUAUGGGAAAUGACCUACUUUGUGUGUAUAUGACAUGGCUCUCAUGUUGAUUUG